AUGGCGGCUUCUGCCGGAUACAGCCAGGCUUCCAGGCCGGCGUCGGCAUUUCACGGCUGUGCCGCCAAGAUUGGUCCAUCCGUAUUGGAUUGCGACUCUUCCAUGCUGGCCACAGAGGCUGGUCGUGCUUUACGCGCCGGUGCCGACUACUUGCACUUGGAUGUGAUGGAUGGUAAUUUUGUUCCGGCCAUCUCUUUCGGACCGAAGGUCAUCGCCAACUUGCGCCUGCAUCAUCCGAAGGUCUUUUUUGAUUGCCACCUGAUGGUCCAGAAGCCUGAGGAGCAAGUAGAGGCUUUCGCCGAGGCCAAAGCCGUACAUCCAGAAACGGGCAAGAACUUGAUGCAGUUCAUCUUUCACAUUGAAGCCACAGAGCCCAGAGGACUGACGCAGACCGUUAUCGACCAAGUCCGGAAGAACGGAAUGCUGGUGGGACUUGCGUUAAGUCCAGCCACGCCGAUUGAGCAGUUGGAACCUUACCUGGGUCAGGUGGACGUGGUGCUUAUCCUGACUGUUGUGCCCGGGAAGGGUGGGCAGUCUUUCAUGGUAGACAUGAUGGAGAAAGUUCGAUACGUACGUUCGAGGUAUCCAGACAAGGAAAUUGAGGUGGAUGGAGGCGUCAAGGUGCACACGGUAGAUGAAGCUGCAAAAGCCGGUGCCAAUAUGAUUGUCUCGGGCACUGGAGUCUACAAGGUGGACGACAUGGCAUUAGCAAUCGCCACUAUGAAGAGAAGUGUGGAGCUCUAUGGAAACGGACAACGGGAAAUCUCCCGUCAGGCCCAGCAGUCCGUUUGGGAGCAUGCGCCGGAGGUGAUGAGGAUUCGCCAUGACUUUCUCGGCGAGCAUCAUGAGCAGCAUGGGGUGUCAGGGUCGGAUGCUUUGCUGCACGGGGCCCCGACUGCUCGACUCCAGAGCCUGCGGAGCUUCCUCUUCGGCAGUGAACUUCAGGAUCAACCGCUUCAGCUUCGUGCAACAGCUGUUCGGCCUCGGCCGCCUCCGAUCAGGGGUGCACAGGCAUCCUUCGAGUUCGUGGAUGGCUUGGAUGGCUUGGGCUUGGCGGGCCCACAUGGCCCAGCGACCUUGAACUCGGAUCCGCCGGAGUCCUUGCAGCGCAUCGCCACACUGGCAGCCAAGUGGCUCACACGUUUGGGAGCCAAUUCCCCGGACUUGUCCCGCUGGGCCACGGACGGAGACGGCGUGGGAGAUGCAACUCGCCAGGAUGCCACUGAUGCCACGUCCACGUCCCUUCUUCAAAUUGGCCUUGGCCGCAGCGGCCCCGGUGGCCACAGCUUGCACAUGGUGGCCACGCACUUCGGGUUGCAAGGUGAUUCCCACUACGAUCCUGCAGCUCACAUGAGGAACGACGAUGAGCACGAGGAUCAUGCAGCACACCACAGCGAAGAGGGCGGUCGCCACGACCCUGGCGCUCACAUGGGAUACGCUGCUGAACACCACGACCAUUCAACACAUUCCGGGGAAGCGGGCGAGAGCUACGAUCCUGCAGCUCACAUGCGGUACGAAGAUGAACACAAGGACCAUGCGGACCGUGAGGGCGAACACGAUCGCCAGGCAGACGUGGGGGAUCAACACAACCACCACGACCCUGCAGUAAAUAUGGGCUACGAUGAGGCUGACCACGAGAACCAUGCAGAACGAAAUGGUGAAGAGGGCGAGCACCACGACCAUCACGACCCCGCCGCCCACAUGGGGUACGAUGAGGGCGACCACGAGGACCACGCAGAACAUACCGGUGAAGAGGGCGAGCACCAUGACCAUUACGACCCAGCCGCGAACAUGGGGUACGAUGAGGGUGACCACGAGGACCAUACAAAACAUACCGGUGAAGAGGGCGAGCAUGAUCAUUACGACCCUGCCGCGAACAUGGGGUACGAUGAGGGUGACCACGAGGACCAUACAAAACAUACCGGUGAAGAGGGCGAGCAUGACCAUCACGACCCCGCCGCGAACAUGGGGUACGACGAAGCUGAGCACGGGGACAGUGCAGAACACACCGGCGAAGAGGGCGAGAGCUACGACCCUGCGGCACAUCUUGGGAAGGAGGGUGAGCACGAGCAGGUUGGGAAAGAAGGCGAGCCCGGAGAACACCAAGAAGGCAAGGAAGGCGAGCAUGGGGAGCACGAUGAAGGAAAGGAGGGCGAACAUGGGGAGCACAAUGAAGGAAAGGAGGGCGAGCACGAAGGCAAGGAAAGCGAGAAGACAGAGAUGCAGAAGAAAGACGAAGCUUUGAAGGACGCCAUGGUGGAUCCAGACUCGGGAAACAUCAUCGACGGCAAGUCGGGGGAGGAGAUCGAUCCCACUACUGGACAGAUCGUGGACGACGGCAGCUAUAUCGACGACAGAACAGGUUUGGCAAUAAAUCCGGUCAAAGGCCGCGUGGUUGCAGACAGGAUCCUGUGUCAGGCCAAGGGAAUGAUUGAAUUGCAACGGUUCGUGCACAGAAUCCUGAAGUGUCUGAAGCAGAAUCUGAUCUUCGGCAAUGCCGACUUGGAGGCCCAGGCAGAGGCAGCGCCUUUGUUCGCUUCAAGCAGACAGUCGACAGUGGCAAGAGGGACGCUCGGGCCUGAGGAGCAGUGGCACCAUCAAGCUGCAGAGCCGAUCUGCGCGGGAGCAUAUGGACCUCCUGAGCUGGUCUUACUGAGGGCCUCCAACGCUGCCGUUUGCGGCGUCGGGGGCGGUGCAGCCUGGGUUGGUGCUGCCUGCUGCUCAGACUUCCGGAGCAGGGGCUUCUUGGUGUUCGACUGCGUUGUGAUCUUCGUCGAGGCAUCCGUCCUUCAAUGCCCAGCACUCAUUCCCCAAGAGUCGUGCCAGAAACGAUCAGGCUCGCACAGGGCGCAAAAGUCCUUCGACCCGCAGCCAGCUUAUCUCAAGCUCAGAAGAGCCAGAGUCAGAAGCGCAUGGAACAACUCUCUGGCCUCGUGGAUCCAUCAACUGGUUCUGUUUCACUUUGACCCGUUUUGCUUGAGACACGCCAACCACUUCCAUGAAGUUGUACUGGUUAGAGGGCCAGCAGCGGCGGUUUCCUUCGACAAAGUGCUCGGCUGGUCCUCUCCAGCUGCCUCCAGCUGCCUCUGCAGCUUUGUUUUGGGCGGCAAAAGCGAGGGCCUCAGUUUGCAGACUCUCAUGGAAGCCCCCCUCUGCACAUCGCGGCAAGAGAUCUGCAGCAGCAAAGAGUCUGCAAGCGGAGCCGUUGCCAGGUGCAGCAUGCUUGGAGGCCUCAUCGGAAGCCCGAUGCUCAGAUGCUCGGCCACAAGCUUUGACCUCGUCAGUUUGGUAGUCAAGGAUCGGGUGCUAUGGCUCACGCGCAGCUUGGCUUUCGUAUCCGCUCAUGUGCAGAACGGUGAGCCCCACGGCGUUAGCACCGACAUUGAAGGGAUGUGCGAGCGGCAAAUGCUCGACAUCAGCUCCAGAGAUGAGGAUCUGCAGCAGCCUCGGCAGUCUUGUCGCGAAGACAUUGCUGAGCUGCUGGACCACUGUCGGCGUCUGGUGAAGAUGGCGGAAAACACCCGCGAGCAGGCGAUGGUCAUUGAACUCCAGGCUAAGGUUCGCGAGCUGCAGCUGGAUAGCCGAGAGCUUCGACUUCUGGUGCAGGAGACCCUACAAGUAGCAGCGCCAGGUUCAAAGAAAUCGAGAACUUCCGAGGCCAGCCAGGAGACGUCCAUGACCCCGUGCAGGGGUGACAGCCGUGACGUGACCUCUUAG